ACGAUUAUGCAGCUCAUAAAUGCCGGUGGAGGUGUGUUGUCUUUUCCUGCACUUUGUCCGAUUGUUUUGUGUACACAAUGCAUUCCAAAUCAUAUUCUACGCGGCUCGAUAUAUGGUCAUGAACGAUAAACCGUCGAAGAAAUAUUAAGUAACCCACUUUUCGUACCUGGCUGCUUACGGCGGUAUUUCGCUGUCUCAGCAUAACGUACGCAACUUUUUCCAGCGAUAUCUGCUACUUCUGGGUUUUACCGGCGGUUGUUUGUUGGUGUUUUCCAGCUUGCGGCUCGUGUAAUUUCUAUUGUUCACCAUACAGUUAUUAUUUUAAUCGCACGUUGUUGGUGUUUUGACUGGGUAUGGAUGCAGCUAGUACGGGCGUGGAUACUUCCGGUGGAAAUAAUUUUUUAGGAAUUUUGGCGACGUUAUGGGGGAUAAUUAUUGCUGUUUACUUCUGGUCACUGCGCAGCGCUCAGCGUAUAAGACCGGUUGGACGGAGUUUCGAAUACCAGUCUGUGCAGAGAAAAAAUGGAGCAUGGACGCGGGGUAAGAUGGGGAAACUGGACAAGCUGGGAAUCGAAGUGCCGAAAACCUUGUAUGAAAUUUUGGAGCAUGGUCUCAAAGCGUCAGGCGACGGCAAAUGUCUGGGUUAUCGCACCAGCUUGACCUCGCCGUACGUGUGGUUAUCGUACUCGGAAGUGCUGGAACGCGUUAAGUAUUUCGGCGCCGGUCUCGUGUAUCUGGGCCUAAAACCGGCAUCGGAGUCCUUCGUGGGAAUCUUCGCUCGCACGUCUCCGGAGUGGGUCAUUGCCGAAUACGCCAGCUAUGCGUACAGUCUGGUCACGGCGCCCAUCUACGAUUCACUCGGACCGGAAGGAUGCCAAACGGCACUCAAUCGCCUGGGUGUCACGUUGUUGAUCUGUGGAGAUGAUAAAAACUUUCAAACACUGAUGACCGGAAACCAUGUACUGAAGAAACUGCGAAAUAUCGUGUUUAUUCAGUCCAGCGAAGAAACACGCGCCAAAGCCCAUGCCCUUGGAAUUCAAGUUUACCAGUUCGAGGACGUUGUGGAACUGGGAAAAAAGCACCCUACACCUCUACGGCUGCCGCGACCGGAUGAUCUGGCUAUGUUGAAUUUCACUUCCGGUACCACCGGUGAACCAAAAUCGGCCAUGCUGACGCACCGGACGCUUACGGCUUCCGUCGAGGCUAUCCUCACUUCUAUGCUGCCUUUACGGUUGAACACGGAAACGACGAGUUUGGCAUAUCUUCCGUUGGCGCACGUCAUGGAACGGAUCGAAGAACUGGCUAUUUUUCUCUACGGCGGCAAAGUCGGCUUCAAUUCAAACGGUGUGGCGCAUCUGAUCGAGGACAUCCAGGAGUUGAAGCCGGAUGUCGGGGUGUUGGUGCCGCGUGUACUUAACCGCAUUUAUGGCAAAAUGAUGGAUAAUAUCCGCGGAUCACUUAUCAAGACGUUCAUAUUCAAUUUGGCAGUAUUCUGUAAAACCGUGGAAAUGCGCUUUGGGCUGUACCGGAAGAACUCCAUCUGGGAUUAUUUGAUAUUUGGUAAAGUGCAGAAAACACUGGGUGGCCGUAUACGGUGCGUGGCGACCGGUUCGGCGCCGCAGGAUGCCAAAAUGACCAAUACGAUGAAGGCGGCGCUGGGAUGCUAUUUUUUCGAAAUUUACGGGCAAACGGAAACUGCCGGUAUCAUCACCGCGACACUGCCCGGUGAUCCAUUCACCGGUCAUGUGGGCUGUCCGGUGGAAGGCAUGGAGAUCAAACUGGUGGAUGUGCCGGAACUGGGUUACUAUGCCAAGGAUCUCAAGGGGGAGAUUUGCGCGCGUGGACCGCUGAUCAUGUCCGGAUAUUAUGGGAUGCCGGAUAAGACCGCGGAGAUUAUGGACCCGGACGGAUUCAUCCAUACCGGCGAUGUGGGACACUUUGUUGAGGGAGGUCGGUUAAAAAUAAUCGACCGGAAGAAGCACAUCUUCAAGCUGAGCCACGGCGAGUACGUCGCGCCAGAACGCGUGGAGACGGAGCUGUUAACAAGCAGUCAUUUCCAGCAGAUCUUCGUGGAUGGCAGCAGUCUGCAUCCCUUCACCGUGGCCCUGGUCUACCCGAAUUACGACCUUUUGCCACCGGAAGUGCGCAGCGAUCCGGAACAGACCAAACAAUUCCUGCUGGAGGAAUUAGUCAAUACCGGCAAACGCCGGCAUUUGCGCUCCUAUGAGGUACCAAAGAAAAUCUACUUGCUCCCGGAAGUGUUCACACUGGAGAACGGCUUCCUAACGCCCACGCAGAAAGUGCGGCGGGAGGCGGUGCGAGUGGCAUUUAAGCAGCAGUUGGCGGAUAUGUACCGCGGUGUUUCCCUAACGGACAAUUAACCUACCAUUAACGUACCAAAGAAAUUCCGUAGGACGUUCAGUGUUUUCUACAUUAAGAGGAGUUCUUGAUUGUUGAUUCGAAUUUCUUAUGGCAAAAUAUAUAAAAAUGUGAAAAUGUGAAAAAUGUUGUAACUUGGUGCUGAUUGUGAGACCUGCACUAACGGUUACAAAAAAUUUGUUAUUUUUUUCUUAUAAAAAGCUAAAUUGAUAUCGGUUUCCCUAUUUUCCGCAGUGCCGAUUUUUGUACUAUGGUGUUGCAACCAAAACAUCGCCUGUUAAAAGAUGCU